AAGAAAUUAGUCUUGCGGGGACCAUCGGGCCGCUAACACGUGACAGUCAAACACACGUCUACGAUUAUGUCACGGUUGCCUCUCGGAUCGAGUAACGCUGUGCUUAGCAGUGAUAGGGACGCCGGAAACGUGGAAAAUGGAAACAAGGGAAAGGGCCUCGUCGGCGGUCUCGACGGUGAAAAGCCGGAAGGGCGAGUUCUGGUACUUUACACGGGCGGCACGAUAGGGAUGAUGCGGAACGAGCUGGGUGCGCUGGUACCGGUAGCCAACGCGUUCGUCAAGAACCUGCGGAGGUAUCCGCAGUUGUACGAUCGCGAGUACGCUGAGAAAAGAUUCGGCGCGAUGGGACCGCUGGUACUGCCCAUGUCAGCGAUCGACAAUCGCCGGGUCGUUUACAGCGUGUUGGAGUACUCGAAACUUAACGACUCUAGUAACAUGAACAUGACCGAUUGGAUUCGCAUUGCUAACGAUAUCAAGGAAUCGUAUGAGCACUUCGACGGAUUCGUCGUUCUUCAUGGUACCGACACUCUAAGCUACACAGCAUCCGCACUCUCUUUCAUGCUCGAGGCUCUGGGGAAGAUCGUCAUCCUGACCGGCUCGCAAGUGCCGAUUUUCGACACGCGGAGCGACGGCCUGGAUAAUUUUCUGGCUUCCCUCGUGAUCGCCGCGAAUUUCAGCAUACCCGAAGUGUGCGUGUUCUUUGGCUCAACAUUGUUGCGCGGCAAUCGGACGAGCAAAGUCUCCGCGACCUCCUUCGAGGCCUUCCAGUCGCCGAACUUUCCACCUCUGGCCACAGCGAACAUUAAUAUCGAAGUGGAUUACCGCUCGAUCUUCCGUCCGUGCGCUAUGGAGAAGUUCUACGUGCACGCGUCGCUCAACCGAAACGUAGGGAUGCUCCGACUGUUUCCCAGCAUCACGAGCAGCCUGGUAAAGGCAUUCGUCCAGGCGCCCAUCGAGGGGAUCGUACUGCAGUCCUACGGCGCAGGGAAUGUACCAACGAAUCGCGACGACAUCAUCGAGGAACUUCGCGCAGCGGCCAAACGCGGUGUGAUCAUCGUGAACAUCACGCAAUGCUCGACCGGAACCGUCUCGGACACGUACGAAGCUGGAAAACUGCUGCAAGAUGCCGGAGUGAUAUCGGGCUUCGACAUGACUCCGGAGGCCGCGUUGACGAAACUCGCGUACGUGUUGUCGAAACGCGAGUGGGACGUUGAGACUAAACGGCAAAUGAUGCAGACGAACCUGCGGGGUGAAUUGACGAGCGGUCGACCGCCCACCAUCCAAGACUGGGACCUGGUGGAGGCUGUAGCUAGAUCCUUGAGAUUAUCCUCGGCGGCGGAGCUGCAGGAACUGGGAUCGAUCCUGUUCCCGGCGAUGCUAAACGCCGCGGUAAUCAGACGCGACAUCGUGAAGCUCGAGUCAUUAAAAGGAUACGGUGCGGACAUCUCGCAGCCGAACGCAGAUGGCCGGACGGCUUUGCACAUAGCUUGCUGCGUGGGAGACGUCAAAGUCGUUCGACACCUUCUAAAGAUGGGCGCGAACGUGCACAUUAAAGACCACUUCGACCGCACACCCCUCACCGACGCGAUCGAACACGAUCAUCACGAAAUCAUCAAGGUGCUGCUGCAGUGCGGCGCGCAUCUUCACGGAAACGCUCAGCUGAUAGGCGAGAGAAUGUGCGCGGCCGCGACCGCCGGGAACAUGAAGCGUUUGCGAUCCUUCCUGCUGGCCGGCGCCGAUCUCUCGCAAAAGGACUUUGGUGGACGUACACCACUGCACUUCGCCGCCCUUCACAACCACGCGGAAGCGAUUGAGUUCCUGCUGGACCACGGCGCGGAUCUCGAUUGCGUCGACAUGCUGGGGCAAACCGCUGGGAAUCUCGCGGAAGCUGCAGGAGGAGUGGAUACGACGCGUUUCUUAAGACUUUACAGUGCUAAACGAGAAAAUUCCAGUGCGAACACGAGCUUGUAGCUCGUAUCGAACUUUGGUAUUCUGAUGAAGAAAGUGACGUGUCUUGAAAGAGCCUGGAAAGUGCAAUUUGGCUGCGCUUGGCAGCGUGACGCUGCUGAUAUUGGCCGUCCAUUCUCAGUUUAAUUAAAUGGUAAAUAAGUCUGUAUUUAUAAUAGAUUGCACAUGUAAGAAAUUUAUUUAUAAUGCAAGUUGGACUGAGAAGAUGCGUCGUAGAAUUUUGCGGAGAGGAUCGGAGCGCGCGAUGGGAAUCUGUGAACGCACGAUUCUUUCCAAACGUGAUUUUAUUAACAAAUGUGAUGUACAAUUGCAAAGUACGUUCGGCGAUAAACUUAAUUAUACCUUUAUACAUUAAACUCGUAUAUUACAAUGCUUACGUAAUUUUUUUAUACUAAUAAACGAUAAAUGAAUCCCUACAUUGAACAGACU